CAGUUUGCUGUUGACGGCUGUGCUGCGUUUGAGCUCCGUCACUAUAUUCUUUUCAUUGACUAUUUUUAACUUAAAAAUCAAUUUUAUACAUCAUUGUUUCCGUUUAUAUAACGCGUGAAUAUAUCCUCUAUUGUAUUCUACAACAAAAACAAUCAGAGCGCCUCGCUAUCACUAGUUUUAUUUUGAUCUCCCGGGUCCGCUAUUAGCUUUUAGCCAGUUAGCAUCAGCAAGCGUGUUUGCUGCUAACUGCGCUUACAUUGCUAAUACUCUAUUCUCACACAUUACCACUGCUGUACUCACUGUUACUUGCUUUAAUGGCGGAUGAAUGUCUCCACUCUGUGCAGCUCGAGCUCGAGGCCGUGGGGAAGCAGAUUCGCGACCUGGAACAGAGGCAGGCCAAGCUGAGAGAGCGGAGAGCCACGCUGGAAUCAUCCCGGGCCGACGCUCACAAGUCCGGGGUAAGUAUACAGCGUGCUGUUAACAGUCCCACCACGUCUACUCCGUGUGUUUCUCUGCGCAGGCCCGGUGCACCCAGGACGCGAUCUUCCCAGAUGUCCUUCACUGCGACGCCGGGACACCACGGACCCUGGGUGCAUCCACAGCGGAGGACGCGAGCCGGGUCCCGGGCGACUACUUCUCCCCCUCCUGCCUUCGAGCUCUCCAUCCAGAACCGCUUCGCUCCCCUCCGCGAGACAGGACGCGACGCUGUGAUCAUCGGAGACUCCAUCGUCCGACACAUACCCGCGAUCCUGAAGGACGGCGAGAGCCCCAGAGCGGUCGUGCUUCACGCCGGGGUUAACGACACCACGCUGCGGCAGACGGAGACGCUGAAGAGGGACUUCAGGAGCCUGAUCGAGACGGUUCGCAGCACGACGCCCGCGGCGACGAUCGUCGUGUCAGGACCACUGCCCACGUAUCGACGAGGACACGAAAGGUUCAGUAGACUUUUUGCUUUAAAUGAAUGGUUGUUGUCAUGGUGUAAAGAACAGAAACUGCUAUUUGUUAAUAACUGGAAUCUUUUCUGGGAGCGUCCUAGACUGUUUCGCGCUGAUGGAUUACACCCCAGCAGAGUCGGAGCGGAGCUGCUCUCUGACAACAUCUCCAGGACACUUCGCUCCAUGUGACUAAUAAGACAAUUCUCAAAUAACCAUU